AAAUCUAUGAUAACAGUCAAUUAAAAAUGCAUGUAUGUGUUGUGUGUAGCAUGGUGACAUCACAUAAAACUUCAAUAUGAAGGGUCAAGGUCGUAAGGUAAAAAUGUUACUAUCAUAUGACAUAAGGAACACACAUUUCUAAAAUAUCCAACCCCCCAACCCCCCAACCCCCCAUCUCUAACCAUUCUUAUGUUAUUGUCAAAGUUAAAGUUUUUAUAUUCUACAUGUAUGUCUGUCAAGUGUGUUAAAACAAAAGGAUUGUGACAUCAUAACUUUGGAUGCCUUUGGUCAGGAUUUGUCUCAAGAAAUAUACAUGUCAAAUGUGGAAUUACGCUCUUAUCUGUAAUAGUUCUAAACUUACAUAAUUUAUAAAUUAUGACAAAGUCAGAUGUACCAUGUUCUGAAUUUAAAAUCUUUUGAUUGAAAUAAAUAAAUAUACUCACUGAUACAGUCUGAUAUUUGGCUUGCAGUAGGGGUGAUUUGACUAUAAUUAUUUUCCAAAUCUGUAAUGAAAUGGGCGUUGUAUUCAUUAUCAAGCUUUGGUAAUUGGUAUAUAUAUGUAUGUCACACUAAUACACUUUAGUACCUGUGUGCAUGCAAAUCAAUCAUCAUAUUUUGUGUCAUGUUAAACCAUCUGAAUUUAAUCCAUUCAGCUUAAAUUUAGAGAAAGAAACAAAAGUAAAUUAGUGAUAUACAUCAACCUUUAACACCCCCCACCCCCACCCCACCCCCACACACAUAAUGGUUCUUAUAGUUGCAUAAUUACAUGAAUAAAUAUAUAUCAUUAUUUUAUUUUUUUUAUUUAUUAUUCGGUAUUUGUCACAUACAUACAUGUACAUAUACUACCCUCUCACACUGAUUCAUUCAUCCUUUAAUAGUUACUAAAUCUAGGAAUCCAAAAAACAAAGACAUGUGAAAAGUAGCUUGUAAAAAAAAAAUUAGUCAAAAAUAAUCUGAUAUAAUUUUGAUAUAAAUAAUUUUUUAUGCGUGCAUGCUGAUAUGUAGAUCUACAUAGCUUGCAGGACAAUAAACAUUUUUAUAAACACUUACUGAACUUUUCACCACUUUCAUCUUGUUUUUGUGUGAUUCUAUUGUUUCUUAAUUCAAUGAUUUGUGGAUGAACAUUGUGUUGUACAGAUUUUUAAAAUCCCUACAUUAAACACCCCCCCCCCCUUGAUUGAUUUAAUUUUCUUUUUACUGUGGGGAUUUAUCAUUUUAAUCAGUAUUAUUUUAAAAAGAAUCAUUUCAUCAAAUGAAUUGUUUGCAUUGACACAUCAUGAGAACUUGCAUCAAAAUUGUCUAACAAUCAAAGACAGUUUUCAUAGAAAAAUAACAGAGAAAAUUCGACAUUUAUACUUACCACUUCCAACGGGAACAACCACUAACAACAACUUGAAAUAGGAAAAAAUAUUUCCCUUCAAACAUUGAAGUUUACUGCUCUGUCUGCUUUACACUUUCCUUUGUGUAUUAGAUAACAACAUUUGGUGGUGGUUGCCUCCAGUAAAUCCCCAAAGAAUCGCAAUGACCUCGGCAUACUAUUUGAUAGAUUUUAUAAGAAGGUGAAGAUUUACCAAGAUGACACUGACUGGCUGUGCGAAGUUCGGGAAGAUAUUUUUAAUUCUCAUCAACAUCCUUUUCUUCUUACUGGGACUUGGUCUGUCCGUUGUUGGGAUUCUGAUGAAAGUCGGUGCCUCGGCCAUAAGUGACGAAGUGAAACCGGCACUUAAUAAAAUCAGCAUAUCCGGGUUUCAAUUUGGGGACCUCGUAGACAACCUGUCUAUCGUUUUCAUUGUCAUAGGCGCAUUUCUACUGCUGGUUGCCGGGCUCGGAUUGUUUGGCGCCUGUUGUGAAGCGGAAUGCAUGCUGGUUACAUAUGCAAUCCUUGUGAUGGUACUAUUCAUAGCCAAAGUAGUAGCAGUUGCGCUGUGGUUCGUGAUGAGAAGUGAGUUGGAUGCAGCUGUUAAAAAGAGCAUGUUAUCGGCCUUGAAAAAAGAUUAUAAAAAUGACACCGUUGACAGCAGUGACGUCAUUUCCAAUGGUUGGAACUAUAUGUUUAUGUCGUUAGAUUGCUGUGGCGUGAACGACACCAAAAAAGACUUUGAAGGGACACCAUGGAAAAAUGGUACUACCGACACUAUACCAAAGACAUGUUGCUCAGGAGUAGACUCUACGAACUAUUUCAAUAAUCCAAGCACACCAUGCACCACAGGGGUCUCUGGGUAUAACACAAAGGGAUGUUAUGACGCUCUACAAGAUGACAUUACAACAUAUGGGAACAUAUUAGUCGGUGUUGGCAUAACAAUACUUCUGAUAGAGCUAAUGGCGGUUGUUUUUGCGUGCAUGAUUUGCAGUCAAACCGGAAAAGAUGAGGUCGUUUAAUCUAUUCUUGUUGUGAUAAAUUCGCAUAAACCAGUGCCCUGUGAUAGAAACAUAAAAUGUGGAGAUUUGACUUUUUGUAAGCUUUGAUUUUUAUUUUUUUUUACAUGAACUUUUAAUUAAUGAAUUGAUCGUUUCCAUAUAGGCCUAAUGUUUUAGGGCUUAAUAUCAAUCUUAUAUGUGCACUGUUGAUUCACAUACGAAUUACGGUUGAUAAAACAAUGUGUAUAUGUAUCUUCUUCUAAUAUUACAUUUAUAUAGGACCGAUUUACAUAAUGUAGCAUUCAUUUAACGCAAUACAAGAUUCUAUUUAAGGCAUGUGAAAUACAAAUAAUACCAUACUUUUAGAAGGAAUAAUCUCAACCAUAAUUGAUCCUUCGCAAUUUCAGCCAUAUUUGUAUAUUUUUCUGGAGAAAUUGACUUUUGAAUAUUAAAAGUACUUUAUUUUGCAGUAAAUGAAAAUUCUA